CACGAACGCAUAAUCGGAACGUUGGUUGUGUGUGACCACGCAACACCAAUGGUCUUGUAACCAAGACUAUGAGCGCAGGAUCUAGGAGGAGAGCAUUAUUGCAUUGAAGUACAUAAUUUGACUCUUCCUGGCCAAUUUCCUUUGCCAACUUCAAUACUGAUGUUGACGUUCUGUCGUUGUUGAUGAUGUUGCUGUUAUAGUUACACCUCAUAUGACUUACAAGGCAGAUGGAGUGUGGCUCAAUCAUGGAGCCUAGUUGUUCACAUACUGAUGACAGGAUUACAUUACAAACUCAACCAAAACGCUCCAAUUCAAGAUUGUCUUCUUCAUCAUCGCAACGUGCAAAGAUGGUUAAACUUCGCUUGGAGCAAUUAGCUAAAGACUUAUGUUUGAUUGGUGACCGGAUGUCUGUUUGGUCGCUCCUACCAAUUAAUCUACUCAUAGCAAUCUUCAAGCUUCUCUCAGUGUAUGAUCGAGCUCGUUGUUCUUGUGUAUGCAAGCAUUGGAAGACUGUUUACCAUAUGCCAGAUCUUUGGCACCAGUUUGUCUUUGAGUUUCAUCAGACCACAACAAUGUCCAAAUCUACACCUAUCAUGUUGAUCAGACAGAUAUUUGAGAAGCAUACUAAAGAUAUAAAGUGUGUGAUCAUUAAGGUGGAUGGUUUCCAGCAGUCAGUAGACGCAGCAUGUAGUGUACUCACUCAGCUUGUUCACUGUCCAAUCCAUUCUCUUCAACUCUCAUCAAUUACUGGACAAGAAUUAAGAUCAGCCCAAUCUCACAAGUUUGUGAAGGCCUUAAAGGGAAUCUUUGUGAAUUCUGAUCUGAAAUCACUGAAUAUUGAAGAGACGCCCAUUGAUGAUGAGCUGAUGGCAGUCCUUGCUACAAAGAGCCAGGCUACCCUGGGAUGUCUAAGACUCAGUAACUGUCCUAUGAUAUCUGCUGCAGGAAUUGCAAGUGCUAUCGAUAACUGCUCUCAUCUGUAUGAACUCAUUAUUGAUUACACUCACAUGAGUAAGGCAUUACUGCAGGCAUUGUGCAGCUCUACACAUCACAAGGUCAAACAUCUCAGUGUUAAUGUAACAGAACAAGAUGAACACAUGAACACGCAGACUAUACCAUGGCAGUCUAUCGGCAGUGACACAUGGGACUUAUUGGCACACCACUAUCCGGAAAUCAAGUUUUCCUUACAGUUCUAUGCCAUCAAAGAGGAAUUUUAUCAUCACUUUUUUUGCAGCAUGAUGCCCCUAACUAGUCUUUCUUUUGGAUGCUUGGUACCAAAAAUAAUACUAAGCCGUGUUGCAACCCAGUGCACCAGACUAACGGAGCUGUAUAUUGCAAAUAGCGGUAAUGAACCCAUCAAUGAAGAAAUCUUGAAGAUUGCUAGAAGAUGCCCACAUCUCAAGGUAUUGGAGCUUGGUAAUUGUUUGAUGAAAUGCUAUGCAGUGGUUGAGUUAGCCAAGUUGUGUGGCCCUCGCUUGUCCAAACUAGUCAUACAUGAAGAGGCGUCAUUAGAGAGUCAAGACUGUGAUAUAAAAACAAUGGUAUCCCAAGUCUCCUCUUACAUGCAAAGGACAUGGAAUGUGGAGUAUAUCCCCAUCUGGUUUGAGUGAAUAACUUGUUACUGGGCGUAUUCUUAUGUACUUAAUUCUAAUAAGUGAUUUUAAAGCUGAUUAUUCAAAGUGAUUUUAAAAGUAAAUAUAUUUUGCAGCUGUUAGAUUUUGUUAUUAUAAAGAUUGUACUGGGUUAAGAGGGUGUAGCGUGUGUGGUAGCGUAACCCAAAAUUGCCAGCUAGUGUUAACCAUAAAAUAAAGCAUCAUUGGAAACUGGAGCUCUGACCUCUGGCCGACUCAAAUUUAUUUUAUGGUUGAAACUAGCUGGCAAUUUUGGUUACACUACCACACACGCUACACCCUCUUAACCCAGCACAGUGAAAUGACUGUGAUUCAAGGGUGGCUACAGUGGUGACUACAAGAUGGGGAGAGGGUUCUAGAAGUGGUAAAUCAUGGAUUCAAUUCGUUUGUGUAACAUGUGUGAGGAUGACUGCAAUGAUGUUGAAAAACCUCUAAAGUUACGAAACAGCGUAGGUUACUGGAUACUGAAGAAACUUUAACUUUGGUAUUUACAUUUACGUUGUUUGUCCAGUAGACUGGGGCAAGCAUAUUCUGUCUUCUAGAAGUAGCUCUGAUGAUGUCAUACUUGCCGGUAAUUUGUAAGACUGCAAUGUACAUUGUAGGUCAUAAAUGUCCAUGCUAUCGUACCAUUUUGUGACCAAACUGACCAGAUUAUUUGCAUAAAACUCCCACCACCACACUGGUAGUAGCAUGGUGAUGGUGCAUGGAUCCAAACAAAGUACAUGCAAGUGUGGAGGUGUCGUGGCCGAGCGGUUAAGAGCACCGCCACCAAACUCAAGCUCUGACCUGUUCAAGGGAGUGUUGGCUCAGGAGUUGUUACACUUGUGUCCUUAAGCAAUACACUUAACCACUGCUUCGUCCUUUGGGAUGGAACGUUAAGCUGUAUGUAGUUCCCGUGUAUUGUUAUAACAAUCAUCAACACACAUAAACGACCCCAGUUUGAGUACACACUUAUUGCAAAGAGAAGGGGUUCGGCCCGGUGUGUCUGGCAGUGCGACUAUCAAUUAUGAAGGCUGCACUAGAAAGGAAGAAGAAGAAGUACACUGAGUGUAAGGUCAUUCAUUACUCUGAGUUACAAUGUACCAACUGUGGCUUGAUCACCAUGUUAUUGAAGUAUAGGACUCGCAUAACAGCUGGCCCAGCCGCCAUGGCCUAACUUUAUAUACUUUAUACAAUUAUGUACAUGGACAUUUUAUCAUAUUGAUUUUAUCAUAUUGAUACCAAAUAUCAUAUUGUUGAAAACCGAACUCAAGCUCUGGUGUUUCUGUUCAGCAGAGCAUGGAUUCGAAUCCCGGUCUUCCGCGGUCUUGACACU